GACAUUCAGACUGAACGCAGAACUAACUUUGCAAAAGAUAGAAGAUCACUUUACUGCCAUUUCUACCGAAAGCAUGCUCAAGUCUACAACAACCAAAAUUAGUCUACCACAUUACCGCAAUGACCAAAAUAUGAACAAGAAAAAUAGAUCGAAAAACAACAUAGAAGAAAGGCUGUCGAUGUACUCUGCAACUUCUUCCUUUCGAAAAGAUCCUACGUGGAAAAAGGCUGUUGAAGCUCUGGCUAAGAAAAAACUCAGUGUUAAGUCUCGUUAUAAAACGGCUCUCUACAAGCACAGACCACCGCUAGAAAAGCCGGGAACACAAAUUAUCGCGGUACAGAGCAAAUGUCGACUAUAUGCAAAGAAGUCUUCCAUGAUAUUCAAGAGAACUCCUGUCACAACUCCAGUUAAUGAAGAUGAUAUAGAAACAAUGGUAGAGGUGGAGAAAAAUAAACAAGAAAAUGUCGAAAAAUCAGAUGAAAAUAAAACCGAGGUAAACCCUUUUUAUAUUUUUUUUUUAAUUUUCAAGACUAUCACCAUGAUCCACACAUUCUUUUCGUCAAUAUCAAUCCAAUGUUGA